CGGCGCAGGUUUUGCCGCUUUUAACCCGGCCGGCGGCGCGGGCGCACCAUUCCGCCGCUCGCCGCCGCCCGCGCUGCCCACUCGCUAGUAAUUAACUAAAUAGAUCACGAUGUACAAGUCCUUGGUGUUGCUGUGUGUUGUUUACUGUGUUGUUGUGGAGGCCCGUCCAAAAUGGCAGUUCCUCCCCCCAGUGCCGGGCUACGUGCCGGUCUACAUCCGCACAGGCGACACUCCUCUCGAGGAGAUCAACCCUGACUUAGCCGAGGCCUUCCACGCGCUGCCCGCCGGCCGCAGCGCCGGCAAGGAACUCGAGGCGGCCCCGGAGAUGCCCGAAGUCGCCCCGGAAACACCCGAACUAGCCGACCAACCCGAGCUCCCUGAGCAACCCGAAAAGCCGAGUAAAGUUGACAACUCUCCUAUCGACCAUCGCCCCUAUGAAAAGAAGAAGUCGAAGAAAGCGAGCUCGGAGAUCGCGAAACCGAUUGAGCGUAGAUAAGCGUAGGGUUUAUUAGUUUGUAAGAAUUGCGACUGAGAUUACUGUUUGUUUUAUAAAAGUAAGAAAAGUGCACGUUUUUAUUAUUAUUUUGGCCUCAGGGAAGCAAGUUAAACUAAAAUAUUAUUCGCACGAUAGGAUUCACCAGUUCAAAUUUUACUUAAACGUAUGUACUUUUAUAAAACAAAUAAAUAUUCCUAAGCACACACUUGAAACUCCAGGUUGAUAAUGCGGUACUGGGACCACAAAACACAAUACUCAAGAUAUUUGCUGAUUUAAACCAAAAAUUCGUAUUUCAGUAAUAAAAUUUGUAUGUAAAUACGAGUUUUUUGCUUUUAACAGCAGAUCAGUUAAAUCCCAGAGUUAGAUAUACGUAAGAUUUUUCCUUUAUUUAUUUCCUAAAACGUACUUAAGCGUGAAAAUUUUGAAUCAAAAACAACCGACGGCUUGCCGAUUUUUAUAUAAGUUAUGUUAUGUUUAUUUUUAAUUUUGAAGAAAUAAAGUUAUUUAUUUCA